AUGGAUUCCUCUCAGCAAACACUUGUUUCUCAAAGAAAACACAAUGAUCAUUAUCUCAAAGAAAUUAACAAUCAUUCUCCAACAGUUCAUCAAUUAACAAUUUUGGAAACUCAAAAUAGUCCUCCAACACCUUCUUCAAUCGUUCAUCAACAAGUUUUUCCUCCUAAAAACUCGGAAUCCGUUUGGAGCACUGUCAAGGAGAUAUUAAUGAAUUACAUUCGAAUAUUCUUUGACUCAAAACUCUUAGCAGCGAUAUGUUGUCACCUGUCAUGUUUUUGUUUAAUUUUGAAUGCAUUGGUGUUUUGUGUGGCACAUAAUGAAUAUGGAACGAGUGUGCAUAUGAAUGUAGCUGCUUUACUUGCUUCCUUAUCCUUCCUUUGCACAGGUUUAAUUCCUCUGUCAGGUACAUUUAUGGAAUUGUUGUUAACAUUGAAACACCAAAACGCAACUAUAUCCAUUCACGCCUUAAUCGAAACAUUAACUUUUUCAAAUUUAAGUUCACUCGAUAUUUUACUUUAUUUAAUUCCUGGAACUGCCUAUCUCUUCUAUGAAGUCAUUACAGAAAUUGCUUAUAUGAGUUCAAGCAAUGUCUAUUGGGACACAUUAUUCUCACGAAUGUUCAAACAUCGAAUUGGAGGAUAUAUUCUCUCGUUUGUAAUGUGGGGAUUUUGUUAUGUUUUAUUUUCUGAAGAUGCUUUUCGAGAUUGUUAUGGAAUUUCAAUGUUCGGCUUAAAGAAGAAAAUUCGAACGUUGCUGAAAGUCAAUUUAUAA